AUGAGUGACGAGGAAGAAGAAGUUGAAGAAGAAGAAUAAGAAGAAGAAGAACAAUAAGAAGAAUAGAAACCAUAGAAAUAAGAAAAUGAUGAAUUAAAUGAGUUUCGAAAAUAUAAUCCUCAUUCUUCAUAUGCUAAUAUGCAUAAGUACCCUAAAAAUCAUAAUGAUCACAAUCCACUAGCCUAUUAUUAUCAAAGAUAAUUACCUAUUCCUUAUUAACCUUCCCAAUAUUGGAUGGAAAGAGUUCAAUAUCAUUAAAAGGAGAUAGAUAGAGCCAAAUAAGUUUUAUUAAAUGUUUAAAAGCCUCAACCUAAUAUGUAUAAUUAUGAAAGGUCUUUGAACUAUUAACCUAACAAUUCACCACUUCCACAAAAAGUAUAAAUAGAAUCACAAAAGUCUUUAAUCCCUCCCUAUUAAUAACCAUCAUAUAAUUUUGAACCAAGAGAUUUUAACCGUUCAAAUCAAGCCUAAGUAUAACCACCCUACCCUUAUAAUUUUAAUCCAUAGUCUUCAAAAUAUAAUUCUUAUCCCCCACCUCCAUUAUAGAGUUAUUAACCCCCACCAUAAUAAAAUUAUUAUCCUCAUCCACAAUAUGAUCUAUAGAACUCAUAAUUUUCUGGCAAUCCAACUAUCAACUCUUAAUAUUAGCCAUAUUCUCCUUACCAAAAUUAUUAUCCUCCCCCUCCUCCAUUUGCCUAUGUUCCUCCUCCUUAUGAUUUUUAAUAAGAUCUUAUGAAUGAGUACCCAAAGGUCAACCUCCAAAAUAGUAAGUAAGUUUAAACUGAAAAAAUCCAAGAUUUACCUUAAUUACCUACUGGCAUUUCCUAAUUUCAACAAGAAAAACCAUAACCCUUUUCACAAUAGAAUAUUGCUCCUACUCAACCUUUAAGUGAAACAGAAUUAGAAUAUAUAGAAUUUUUAAGAUUCAAAGAAUUUAAUUAAAAGCAAUAAUAAUAAAUUGAUGAUUAAGAUUUUUAAGAGUUUUAAGAAUUCAGAAAACUUAAACAAUAAUAAUUAUUCAAAUAAACAGUUGAUCGAGAAGAAGAAAAGAGAUCAUUAGGGGAUCUCUAUAAGAGAAAAAAUAGAUAAGGUAUUUUAAAUUAUAAUAAUCAAAUAGUCUAUUCAGAAUAAGAGUAUAAAUCUUAAUUGGAUAAAAAGAGAGAUUAUCAAUAGUUUCACCAGCCAUAUACAAAACCUCUUUAAUAGGAAACAAAUCUAGAGAUAGAUCGAGCAAUUAAUGCUUUGAUGAGAUCAUAGACUGGCACAAACAAGGACUUUUUUAAAUGA